GAUAGUAAACCACAGAUGAUCACAAAAAUACUAGGACUGAUUUCUAUACCAUUGAUAGUACUGCCAAAGAGUAGAUACUCUAUAAAAAUGAAACUGGUUAUACACACACUCCUAUAUACAACUGGAUUGGCUGUAAACUCCAUCAUCGGUUUGCUAUGCGGUUUGAUUGCAUACCCAUUAGGAACUCAAUAUAGACAACAACUCAGUCAUUUCGUAGCAAGAUCAUUCUAUUACACAUUUACUCCGGUCCUCGGUUGGAAUUUUGUUGUAAAGGACGAGGAAAAGUUAUUAGAGUACUCAAACAACAAGAAGUCUUCUAUUAUUAUAUCAAAUCAUCAAACAAUGUUAGACAUUCUCUUCUUAUCUAGGAUUUUCCCAAAUUACACAACAAUGAUGGCUAAACAAGAAUUGAAAAAGAUUCCUUUGCUAGGAUGGUGGAUGUCUUUAUCCAAGUCCGUCUUCAUCAACAGAAGCGACAGAACAGGUGCAAUUAGCUCUUUCAAUCGUAUCGCAAACGAGAUCAAAGAUAACGGUAUAAACGUCUGGAUUUUCCCUGAGGGUACAAGAAGUUCAACGAAAGAACCUUCAUUAUUGCCGUUCAAGAAAGGCGCUUUCCACUUAGCUAUACAAGCUCAAAUACCAUUAGUACCUGUUUUAUGUGAAAACUACUAUCAUCUUGCAAACUUUGAUAAAAAAGACAUGAAAUUUGAAAGAGGUACUGUUCAAAUAAAGGUUCUUGAUCCUAUUCCAACCAAAGGUUUGACUUCACAAGAUGUUCAACAAUUGAUCGAUUAUACACACUCUUAUAUGUUAUAUCACCUCAAGUUACUAUCAGCAGAAUCAUCAAACUCGGAGCCACCUGCACCAUUCACACUCCAACCACCAUCAAGGUCUGAUGAUGAUGAUCUAGUUGUAGUCGAAAAGUAGAUUUACAUUUUUUUAUUGCUUACAAAGAGACUGAA